AUGGCCUCCAGCCCAUGGGGCCAUGGACAUGGCCUCCUGCUGCUAUUGCUGCUGCUGUCUCUGGGGGCUGGCCGUGCCCUGGGCGGGGGCCUUCCCAGGCCACAAGAGGACUGGGAACCACACCUGAUCCCAGGAGCCCACCCCAGGGGCCCUGUUGGCACAGAGCCCGAAGCCUUCCUCCGGCAGAAGGCCAGAGAUGAGAGCCCUCGGAACGCCAGUGUUCCCCAGGUCCCUGCUGAGGAGGUGCCUCAAAGGACCGAAGACUCUCCCCUUGGCCCAGCCCUGCAUGGACCUCAAGCAGCCCAGGGGGCUCGGAGAGAAGGACUCCCAGUAACUGAUGACUUCCAGGUGGCUCAAGGGCCAAGUUCUCAGGGCUGGACAGGACCUCCUGACUCACAGGAGCCUCUGGAGCAAGAUGCACCAGCACCCCAUCCAGUGGGGUCCCCCCAUCUCACUUUCAUCCCAACAACUCCCAGACUCCAGCUCAGGGUAGCCACAGUGCCUCCCUCCCCAAGGGAGCCUGGAGGCCAAGUGGGACAGCGACCACUUGGAGAUGAGGGUCUGGUUGCUGAAGCCAAGUUCAGGGUCUCAGAGACAUCCCCCUCAGCCCACCAGGGUCCCCCCCACACUCUUGCACCCGACUCAGGCCCUAUCAGGAGGCCAGUGCUGGAGGAACAGGAUGGGGGUGCGGAAGACUUCCAAGAGGCAGCUCGAGGCCCCAUCUUCACCCAGCAGGAUCCAGCAGCCUCUGUGAUUGGCUCAGGAUCCCCAGUUGAGGUGGCAUCCACUCAGGAGCCUGGGUUCCAGCCAGAGCUGGCACUGACCAGAAGCCUUCCUCCUGCCGAAGAGCUGCCAGCUGAGCCCCCCCAAAAGGCUAAAGGUGGGGAGAUCUGGGAAGUCAGUUUUCCAAGUCCCUCACCGAAGCAGGCUGACGUCCCUGAUGUUCAGGGCUCCCCAGGACCCCAACCUUCAGGUCCUCCAGCCUCAGGGACUCCUCAUGAGCAGCCCAAGCCAGAGAUAGCAGCAAUGAAUGGAGCAGACCCCAUCUCUCCCCAGAGGGUGAGAGGAGCAAUGGAGGCCCCAGAAACUCCCAAGUCCCUGGUCCCUGGCCCCUCGGACCCGGGCCCAGCUACAAACCAAACAGAGAGUCCUGCGAGGGCCCUGCAGCCAGACGAAGCCGAGGAGUGGCCGGGGCGCCCCCAAAGCCAUCCCCCAGCACCCCCGGUCCAGGCCCCCUCGACGUCACGCCGGGGCCUCAUUCGGGUCACCACGCAGCGCGCCCUGGGACAGCCACUUCCUCCGGAGCCCUCAGCCAGCUCCAUGGCAUCUGCCCCAGCCUCUAGCCCUCCGGCCAACGCCACCGCACCCCCCCUGCGCUGGGGUCCCCUUCGGCGGGUGCUGAGCUUUUCCUGGGAGCUGCACGUCUAUGGGGUGGGGGUGCUCUUUCUGCUGCCAGCGUUGCUGGCGGUGGCCUCUCUGGCAGCCGCCCCUACGGGGCCCUGGCUGGCAGUGGUGGCGGCAGUGCUGGUGCUCCUAGCAUCGGGGCUGCGAUCUGCCUACAUGCUUGCGGACCCCUACGGCUCGCAGGCGCGGCUGGGUUUACGCGCCAGCCUGGUGCUCUACAACCUACCCUUCCCCUUGCUUCUCACCGCGUUGGCGGCCCUGACCCUGCUAGGACUGGGUGCGGGGCUGCCCCAGCAGCUGCAGAACCCGCUUCUGCUUGGAGUAAUGGCGUUGACUCACGGCGUGGGGUUACUCGCUACAGACCUGCUGUCGUCGACGCCGACGCUCAACCUCGUGGCUCAGGGCUUCUCGUGCGCCUGGGGCGCAGCCGUGGCUCUGGGCACCCUCUGCCUGUGCCGUCGCCGCCUGCUGGACGGGCCGCGAGGCUGGGAUGCCAGCCCGGGGCCGCGGCUGCUGGCCGUGGCGGGCUCCCUGGGGCUGCUGGCGAGCGGUUUACAGCUGGCAGCUGCCCUCUGGCUGUACCCAGGCCCCGGCCGCGUGGGCCGCUUCUCCUGGGCCUGGUGGGGAGUCCAUUUCUGGCUGCGCCUGCUGGAGCUGACCUGGGCCCUCGUCUUGGCACUGGCUGCUGUGGUCGCGGCGCGGCCCCGGCCGCCCACGGAGCAUGCGUGCUGGGCUAAGCUGCUGCGCCUGGCGUGUCCGGCGCCCGCCGGCAAAAGCGAGGUGCCGGAGCGACCCAACAACUGUUAUGCGGGGCCCAGUGGCGUUGGCGCAGGCAGCUUGGACAUCAGCAAGAGCCUCAUCCGCAACUCUGCGGAGGGGGCGCCGCCUGCCACACCCAGUUCAGGCGCCUGGGGCUCGGCCGCGUCCCUGGGCCGCGGUCCCCAGGGCGGCCCGGUACUCUCCCGCAGCAGCGUGGGGCCGGCUCCGUCGAUGAGCGAGCUGGACCUGCGGCCGCCGUCACCCAUCAACCUGAGCCGCAGCAUCGACGCCGCGCUCUUCCGGGAGCACUUGGUGCGAGACAGCGUGUUCCGACGCUGCGGCCUGCGCGGCCUAGCCUCCCCGCCGCCUGGGGGCGCGCUGCGGCCGCGCCGGGGCAGCCAUCCGGACACUGAGCUCGACGGCGCGGGCUCCUUGCUCCGUGGCCGCUGCCGGUCGCUCAGCGACGUGCGCGUCCGCGGGCCGGUCCCACCACACGUAGUGGAUGAGCCGGAUCAGGUGGCUUCUGGCAGCUCCAUGGACAGCUUCUCCCGGGGCUCGCUCAAGAUCAGCUGGAACCCGUGGCGCCACGGGCUGUCGUCGGUGGACAGUCUGCCCCUAGAUGAGCUGCCCAGCACGGUGCAACUACUGCCUGCCCCAGCCACUGCAACUGCUCCCAGCCGGCCCGUGGAACCCCGGAGUGAGGUCCAGGCUUGCGGCAAGCCAGGGGACUCUCGCAGCGCCUCCAGUGACACCAUUGAGCUCUGAGCCGACCCCACACUGGGCCGCAGGACCAGCCUUCAGUGACCAUAUGGCAUGGCCGACUGGGACAGUUGAGCCCUUAAAAAACUGGCAUCCUGGGGCCUGAACCUGAUUGCAGCCCUGGAAGCGGCCAGGAGUGACCCCAACCCCCACCCGCGUUUUUUGUUUUUUAAAUAUCUCUAUUUUUUUCCAGCAGGUAUUUUGCACAGAGGCUGUGAUUUAUGCGGAACACAGGGUGGACAUGCAUGGAUUUAGGAGUGGACACUCACCUCGGCACUCAUAGGAGCCCUCCGUGUU